AUGCCGAGACAAAACAACGAGAUGCGUGGGUACAAGGCCGCGCUGAGCAACCGGAAGGUCUCACCAGAGGCCAAGCAGCAUGCACACGAGAUGCUUCAUGAGCUCGGCAGUGAUCAGGCUCGCGAACAAAGAUACCAGGCAGAAGACGAAAGCAAAGACCCAACGAGGGUCUCAGCUGGGCUCAAGGCAGCGCAGCAUAAUCCUAGAGUGACAGAGGGCGGGAAGCAGAGAGCUGCUAAGAAGAUGGAGGAGAGAGGUGCCCCGGAGGAGUAA